AUGUAUAAUCUUGCCAACAAAGAAGUUACCUGCUAUUGGUUUGACGAGAGUAACGCUGGUUUGACUGCUUCUGUGUUUAUAUCAUGCAUCAUAGACUGUUUUAAAAAAACACUACUGAAGAAAUGCAUGCCAAUCAUUUUAUAUUCUGAUGGUUGUACGGCGCAGAAUCGGAAUGUUUAUCUAUCGAAUGCUCUGCUACAACUAUCGAUGGAAAAAAACAUCGUUAUAGAACAAAAAUUUUUGGAGAAAGGUCACACACAGAUGGAGUGUGAUGCGGUUCACAGUUCCAUCGAGCAAAAAUUAAAAAACCAGGAGAUAUUUCUACCAAGUCAAUUUGCGACGUUAUCAAAACAAGCUCGACCGCAAAAACCUUAUUUAGUUGAAUAUUUAGACUACAGUUUUUUCGACGACUUCUCAGACAAGAAUUCGUUUAUGUAUGACUCCAUACGGCCUGGUCGCUCCGUCAAUGAUCCUACAGUAACGGACAUACGAGCACUGCAGUAUAAUCCAAGUGGAGUCAUCAAAUAUAAAUUGAACUUUGAGGAGGAUUAUUAA